UCAGACUAACGUUAAAGUUGUGCUUUUAGUGUAGCGAUUCAUCAUCGCUGCUCCGUGAAUCCAAGCGCUCAUUCUUGAGUACACACAUCUUCCUGAUAAGCCCACAACCCUCGCCGUCUCUACAUAAAGACUACUUCGUCAAAAGUAAACAGAUGAGCGUUUUAUGACGUCCGGAACCAGUCCGGCGUCAGACCCGGACCGACCCAGCCGACCUUAGCGAUCCUCGUACGGCCGUUGUGAGUCCGUCAUGUGCGUGUGUAUGUGAAGAUGGACGCGUUUAAAGAGCACUACCGGGACAUCGAUGCGGUGACGUUACACAUCAUGGAAGGGGAGGUGUCCUCCAGUCUGUACUGCGGCUCGGUUCCAGACUUGGACUCCUGCGCAGCCGGCCUGGUCGAAGCCUUCCUGGUGGAGCUGUACCGCUGCCGGUUGUGCCAGUUCACCAGCUCGCUGAAGAAAACCAUGAACAGACACAUCCUGGACUCCCACGAUGACCCCAGCCUGGAGGAGGUGGGAGGAGGAGGAGUAAGGAGAAGGGACCAUCUGAGCCAAAGUGGUUCCCCUUAUGAUCUGGACCAGGACCUGAACACCGAGUCCAAGCACAGUGAUGAAGACCCUAUGGACCACAUGGGUCUGGAGCGCAUGCCCUUCCUCCUGCCCAUGUAUGGUAUCUUACCCAACAUCAGCCCCCGCUCAUGUGAAAUGGGUCUGGGGUCCAACGUGGAUGGAAACCUCCAGGUGGCCCAGACUUGUGAGGUGAGCACUCUGUUUGAAGAGGGGGUGGGGGAUGAAGAGGAGGAAGAGGAGUCCAUGUUUCCACUGAAGGGGAGCUCCGUGGCUCUGUCGUGUACCAUAAUGCACCCGAAACACCAGGACGAGGAGAUGGCCCAGUCCGCCCACCUCAUGACCCUUGGUCUCUGCCGCAUCUCCACCAACAAACCAGCAGCAGCCGUGACCUCGCCGUUAGAAAGCCGCCUGUGUUUGUCUGCUGGUGGCCAGAAGGACUCGGACGUGUUCCUGAGUAAGAAGGGGAAGCCAGCAUCCUACCAGCUCAACAAUGUAAAGGAGUGCAGGGAAGCAGCCAGCCAGCAGGGGGAAGCAGGGAGGAGGCAGUCGCUGUUGUGUGCCGCUGAUCUCCCCAACAAACUGCAGGUCCACACGCUCCCCCACCUCCAAUGCAGCCCGAGGAGGGACAGCUGGGAGGCGACGGACAAGCACUGCAAGAGGAAGAGGAGGCUGUCCAGAGACGCUGACCGGCAGCGCUGCGACUACAAAGGGGCGCCUUGUGACACACGACACAAACACACUUUGUCCAAGCACGACUGCCUUACAAACAGCCAGACAGAGCCUCCGUCCUCCAGGCUCGACCGGUGUGUCCCCAUGAAAGACAGCAUGGAGGAGCCGGGUGACUCCCAGGAGACUCGGGUUGUGAAGACAGACACAUGGUGCCAUGUCAGAAAUGGAGGGAUGAAGAGGAAAAAUGGAAGAAAGGGCAAAGAAGAGAAGAGAGAUGUUGCGAGCUGCAGGAGGAGAGCGUUCUGCUGUUCUCUCUGUAACAGGAAGUUCAGCACCAAGCUGACUCUGCGCCGUCACAUAGGAAUCCAUCAGGGCGAAAAGCCGUACGAGUGUCCUCACUGUGACUACCGCAGCCGGCUGAAGGCCUCGCUGGUACAACACAUCCGCACACACACAGGAGAGAAACCGUACAGAUGUCCUGAGUGUCCGUAUGCUUCUAUUGACCGCAGCUCCCUACGCCGCCACUCCCGGACACACACACGGGAGAAACCCUACCACUGUCAGUACUGCUCAUACAGCAGCAUUCAGAAGAAAAGUUUGGAUCUCCAUGCACGCCGUCACCACACAGGCGAGUCGUUUCCAUGCCAGCUGUGUCAGUACUCCAAUCCAGACCGCCAGCUGCUGUUACGUCAUGUUCGCAAGUAUCACAGCUCCUCCCAGCAUGCACUGGGGCAGCAGCAGGCAUCGCUACAGGACCCAGACAUCGCUGAUAAAGUCACAGCAACACAGAGCUAACUUUAAACUUUGGUUAUCUCAACAGCAACGUGAGGCUACCAACAUGCAGUUUCACACAGUCCACCGUUGUUGCCUAGUGGGAGCUGACCAGUCUUCUGCAGUCGGUCACUGGUCAGCUCCUGUCAUU